GCGGCCGCUGCGCCCCCCGAGAGCCCCGGUACCCCGGCAUGGCGCGGCCCCCCGUGCCCAGCUCGCAGAAGGCGCUGCUGCUGGAGCUGAAGGGGCUGCAGGAGGAGCCCGUGGAGGGGUUCCGGGUGAGGCUGGUGGACGAAGGGGACCUGUACACCUGGGACGUGGCCAUCUUCGGCCCCCCGGACACCCACUACGAGGGUGGGUACUUCAAGGCUCGUCUCCGGUUUCCCAUCGACUACCCCUACUCUCCUCCUGCCUUCAGGUUCCUAACCAAAAUGUGGCACCCCAAUAUCUACGAGACGGGUGAUGUCUGCAUCUCCAUCCUCCACCCGCCCGUGGAUGACCCGCAGAGCGGGGAGCUGCCAUCGGAGCGCUGGAAUCCCACCCAGAACGUGCGAACCAUUCUGCUGAGCGUGAUCUCGCUGCUGAAUGAGCCCAACACGUUUUCCCCAGCCAACGUGGACGCCUCCGUGAUGUACCGCAAAUGGAAGGAGAGCAAAGGGAAGGACCGGGAGUACACAGACAUCAUCAGGAAGCAAGUGCUGGGCACCAAGGUGGAUGCUGAGCGGGAUGGAGUGAAGGUCCCCACCACGCUGGCUGAGUACUGUGUGAAGACCAAGACUCCAGCCCCAGAUGAGGGCUCAGACCUCUUUUAUGAUGACUAUUACGAGGAUGAUGAGAUGGAGGAGGAAGCAGAGAGCUGUUAUGGUGAUGAGGAUGACUCUGGCAAUGAGGAAUCUUGAUGGCCCUCUGGCAUUGCAAAACUUACUAUAAACUGCUGAAUUUUACCUCAGCUAGAACAAACUGGUUUGAAUUUAGGAUCUGUCAGCCCUGAAAUUAACUCUCUACCUCGCAGGGAGAUUGUUCUGCUGUUGCAAAGGAAAUCCCAUCGCUCUCUUUGUAGGAAAAGAUAACCCCCUAUUUUACAAACUUCCUGGGGAGGGUGGGUGGAGAGGGGGAAGCUGUGUUGGGGCAUUCACAAAGCUGCAGAAACUGGGAUGCUGUGGCUCUGCCUGGCUGAGGAGUGACAACCAGGCCUGGUGUUGGCUGCCCUUUGUUUGGGUAUGUUUAUCUCCUCUUCAGCCCCAUGGGGUAGGGGCAGUUUUGGGGGGCUUUUGGGGGUCGUGAGUGGUUGCUUUGGUGGGGGGCAGCUUGUGAGUGCUGUGUUGUCUCUCAACACCUUUUGGGGUUCACCCUGCAGCCCUCUAGGCUGUCCCCACAGGACCCUUCUGCCUCCCCUGCUCAUGAUGCUGGCGCUGUGUUCACAGGGAGAAGAGCAUCAGGGAUGACGUGCCUGGCAGCCACCAGCACUGGGCAUGUGGGGAUGGUCUGUUUGUGGUUUUUAACUAGCUGGGAGGGAUGGGGUCAUGCUGAGUAUUUCUGCUUCUGGUUUUCUUUGGACACUAUUUAAUAAAGUUCUUCCAGGGAAGGAUUGUGAUGCA